UUGCUCACGAACUUUACGCCAGCAACGAUCGGCCGCUCUAUAUGUGACGUCUGACGCCUUUUUUAUCUCUCUCCACAUACACACACACAUACACAUACUAUCGCAAUUUUCUGGGAGCACGUGUACACCGCUGUGCAGUUUCGGCAACAUGCGUUCCUUGAUCUUCUUCGCUCUUGUCGCAACGGCUCAUUGCCAGGAAUAUUUCCGGCAACCGGAAAAGAUCAUAAGCGAGAACCGGAACCUGGGCGACAAUCGUGGCCACUACUCGUUCACGUACGAGACUGAGGGUGGUAUCGUGCAAACAGAGACCGGAAGUCGAAAGUAUGCUGGCACGCCAUCCGAAACUCAACUGAUCCAAGGCUCUGUGCAGUACAACGCCCCAGACGGAACACCGAUAGCGAUUAGCUGGACUGCCGACGAAUUCGGCACUCAAGUUGCCGGUACUCACGUGCCAACACCACCCCCAAUACCGCCAGCCAUUCAAAGGGCCCUCGACUGGAUCGCGAAACAACCCUCGACCCCGGAACCCGAGGAGGUUGGCAAAGACUCACCAAGCCAACAAAAUACUGUUCCAGCAAGCACUAAUCGGCAAUACAAACCGCCACGGACGAAUCAACGAAACUGAUUGUUCGUGAUCCGUGACUCGUUAAAAUACCUCCUUAGUCGUAAUAUCUUGUCUAACAUUUCUAUGUAAUUGUAAGUUAAUAUUUCUAUUUCGAAAGAUCGCGAGGUUUUAGGUUAAGUUUGCGAAAACUUUUAGGUUAGGUUUAUUUACUUAUAUGAGACAUAUAUGUGAGAAUUGUUAAUAAUUGAAUUGUGAUGUGUUGUUAUUAGAAAACAUUGGUUAAAGCAAAAAUUAAUUUUAACAAUUUUAAAUCUUUGCGAAAUAUAUAAGGUUUUCUAAUUUUUGUUAAAUGAUACAUGAAACUUCGAACAUUUGAAUGUAUUUUAAAAAAUGGAAAUGUUAGAUGAAAAAUUUUAAUUAAGGAGGGAAUAUCUGUUAGAACAAGUUUUCAUGUUAGUUUUUUUUUACAAUGUACAAAAUAAAAUUUAUAUUUUCAUAGAAAAUUUAUUUGGUAUGAAUUUGACUCGUUUGAUUGACGAACGUUCAUAUUGAUUUUUUUUAUUUAAGAAAGUUAAAAGAUAUAAAAAUCGGUAUAUUUUAUUAUGAUCUCAUAAAUACAUUUAGAAAGAAAUUAUU